AUGUCUGCUGCUUCUUUCAUCCAAUCUAUUGCUUCUAGAAGAACUAUCUACAAAUUAUCACCUGAAUUACCAAAUGGUGUUACCAUUGAUAAAGUUCAGAACUUUGUAGAAACUUUGGUUAGAGAAAUUCCAACUGCUUUGAAUAGCCAAUCCACUCGUGCUGUUAUUCUAACUGGUAACUCGCACAAAUUAGCCUGGGAUAAUGUCGUCAAGGCCAUGCCAAGUGCUUCUGCUAAAAUGAGACCUGAAUCUGCCAGGGAUGAAGCCUUUGGUACCAUUGUAUUCAUGACAGAUGUUAAAACCAUAGAAAAGCUACAGGAGGAGUACUCUGCUAUUGCACACGUAUUCCCUACCCACUCAGAUACAUCUAAUGGUGCUGCUCAAAUUACUGCGUGGGCUGCUUUAGAACAAUUAGGAUUAGGUUGUCAUUUACAACAUUAUAAUCCUAUGAUUAAGGAAGCUUUACAAUUUGAUAUUCCACAAGAGUGGAAUGUGGUAGCCCAAUUAGUUUUUGGAUCCGUAAGAGAAGCUCCAACUGAAAAGACAUACAUUAAUAAUCCAGUGAAGAUAUACGCUUAA